UUCACUGAAGUCAAAACAUUUGCGGCAACAAGACAAACAAAUUACACAUCUAUCCACCACCAUAGCCGGUAAAUUGAUCGUAUCUCACUUGAGAGCUGUUUUUCACUGAUCAGCGAGGCUUUUGAUUGUCUUACACUGGCUGUUAGACUAUUUUCAACAAAUUGCUUGGCGUCGUCCUUAGGCAACAUACCGUACAUUUACGAAUCAAUCGCAACAAGCAGUGAGGAAUUUUCUCGUCCUUACGCAACUGACAGAAGUAGAAGCUGGUUUUUCUGGAAGAACUUGAACAGAAUGCCGGGUCGUAGGGAGAUUGUACCGCUGGAAGAAGCGAACAUGGGCACCGGACCGGAUGGAAUGGUUUCGUCGUCCUUGUUGAAUCCUGGUACAACUUGGCUUUGGACGAUACUACGGUGGUGUCAUCCUGUAACGACACUCAUUCUGUUGGUCGUUACGAUCAUUCUGUUCGUGCAGCUGCAGUACGUUUCUUACCAGAAAUUUCCACGAACCGUUUGUCCAACGCAAGAUUGUUGCCAUUCUUUGGAUGAGUCCCAUUUACGGAACAACGUCGUUUUGCAGUCUCGUAUUUCCCGCCGCAGAUGGCUAUCUUGCCGUAAUUCGAGACUUUUAUGAGGCUUACGUCGUGUACACGUUCCUGUCCUUUUUGAUCGCUGUACUGGGACGGGGCGACCGCGGGACGGUCGUCGAUGUGCUUGCCAAGCACGCUGAUCAUUUGGAGCCUCCAAUGCGGCUAUUGUCGCGAUGUUAUCAUCCGACUCUGACGGAUUCUCCGAAUCACGCCAAAGCGAACGCGGUGCUUACAGAAUGUCAAAUCCUUUGUUUACAGUUUGUGCUCGUGCGUCCGUUAACUUCCAUCGCGAGUUUUGUCUCCACAACUCUGAUGGAAGUUCACAGUCAACAAGACGACGCCUAUUCGUCAUCACGAGCAGCCUACUUUAAGUCGCCCAACUUUUUCAUCGCCAUGGUGACCAACGUUUCCGUCUUCUUGGCUUUUACCGGCUUGCUUAAAUUUUACCACGCCGUCCGUGAUGAUUUGGCCUGGUGUCAACCGUUCUCGAAAUUCAUGGCCAUAAAAGGAAUCGUAUUUUUGACCUUCUGGCAAUACCUGCUGAUCACUAUUUUUGUCAACUUACACCAGAGCGGGCAAUGGGGUGGAGAUGGCGACGGUGAUGACGACGGAGCCGGCAUCAAUGUCGUAGCUUCCAACAGUACGGAAUCAUCCACAUCCUCAAUAAGCUCCGGCACCACUAGUGAUCGUACGGUCCGCGAACAAGCCGCAGAAAUUCAAAACAUCUUGAUUUGCUUGGAAAUGCUCUUCUUCUCCAUUGCUCACUGGUGUGUCUUUCCGGCGGAAGAAUGGGAACCAGGCUAUCGUCCCAAAACGUAUUCGAAACCCGGCAUUGGACUGUCCGAUUUUGUUUCCGACGUUGGCUACAUAAUGUCGAGUCGGAGUGAAUCGGCGGCUCGGAGAAAACAGUCGUCGUCCGUACGGACCGAUGACACCAUCGUGGCGGAUGAAACUUUUGGGGCGCUGUCGUCCCUGUCGCUUUCCGAAAACCAGAGCGCAGUCGAGGCAGUACCAGAAUCUCUGGAGACGGAUGAAGAACAAGGGGCCGUCGCCUUCCAACGGCAGUAUCCAGAUGGAAAGAUCCAAUAA